AAAGCCACCACUAUCCGGCUUCGUGCGUGGUUUUGAAGUUUACGAACUAGCGAAGUCUGAGAUUAAAUGAGUAUGGAGAGGGAUUCAAAAAUAGGAAAUUUGCUAUGCAGUUCGGCGGAGAUCGCCGAACUCAUAUUAUGUGGUAUGAACAGCCGUCAGUUGAGCAGUUGCGCAAAAGUUUGCUCCCUUUGGAGUUCGAUUGCCAAGCGUCUGAAGCGUCAACGAAGGAUGUUUCUCCACACUUUCCAGGUCCUAGAGGACAAGUCUUGUGGACUUCGCGACAGCAAGACUGGCAGUGACGUUUCGGAAGACACCGCAAACCUGUUCCUCAACCGGCUGAGGGACUCGUGGUCCGAGCCUGGCAAUGCACUGGUGUUCGCUACGAGCAGAGCAAAUCGCUACAUCAACGACACGACAGGCACCUUUGGAACAUACCUGCCUUACAGUCCUGCAGUGAUGGACCGCAUCAGCUCCUGCCUGCCCAAGUCCUGCCUCCUGCUCUUGGGCGGUGCCCGAGGCGUGGUGGGGUCUCCCUGCGAGGGGCCGGAGCGGGAUGCCUACAAGUACGGGGACCCCGUGGAACUGGAGCACACCCAGGCCUUCUCGUGCCUGCUGUUGCCGGCCCAUCCGCCGGACGGGGUGUGCAUCCGGCCCUUCCUGGUGACAGAGGACCACGUCCGGAAGGGCAAGCGGGGCGAGGACUGGUAUUCGAGCAUGGCGUUCAAGAGCCUCGUGGGGCUUCCCAUGGGCGAAGAGGCGCGGAACACCAAGUGCAUCCUCAUGUUCACCAUCGACGAGCUGGACAACAUCAAGAGUGACUUGUCCGACAUGGUGAACGGCUUCGUGGACAGCUGCGGGGCUUGCAGCUUCACUCUUGGGGGCGCUGUCCUGAACCGGCUGCUCGCCAAGGGCAGGAGCCCCAUCAAGGGCCGCGUCAUCUGCACAGGCUUCUGCUUCUCGGGGGAUGCGGUGCGGUCGGCCUCGGCGCUGCUUGUCCAAGGGACCUGCGGCGCCGAGGCCGUUGAGCGGGAACUGAGCCGGCUGAGGAGGGACAGCGGGUUUGAGGGCUGGAAGCGUGGGUCCACCGUGGCCUUUAUGUUUGCCUCCGUCAAGAGGGGUAGCUGGCUCCACCACAGGCCCAACGUGGAGGCGGACGCAUUUGCGCGGGUUUUCCCGGGGGUGCCGCUUGUGGGGCUCUUUGACAGCUGGCAGAUUGGCAAUGAGUAUGUGCCUCAUCUGUCUGGCAAGCAGCCAGGUAAGGGCAAGAGGAAGGCCCCUGUUUCUUACUUGCACGAGCGUGCUACCAUCAUUGUCCUGCUCUCGUUAGGGAGCAGCGAAUUCGUUGGACGCUGCCCCUGAUCCAAAGGGCCCCUUGGGUGGGUUCAGUUUUACUACGGUUCCAAGAUUAAAGAUGACCGGUUGCCACUACAGUCAUUUUCAUGGAUGGUGGACAAUUACAUGAUCCGAUUGAAUGAGUGUUGAUGCAAAUGAGAGUUAGUUGUACAAAAGAUUCAUGCUCCUUAUACUAUCCUCACUGCUGCUGCUUGUUUUAAAUGCAGUGCAGAAGGGAACUAAAUUUUAUGAAGUCCUUAUUGCCUAUUGCCAGGGCUUCAGAUCCAUAUAGCCCCAAGAAUCAACUGACACCAUAUUUUAAUGUUACAGAGGAUAAAAUGUGUUUAUUUUAUUUUAGAAAUUUUUUAAUAUGUGCUUAUACUUUUUGGUGACUACCUUAAAAUACCGUGCAAGUGCCCCCUCCAAAUUUAGAGAUUAUUCAAUACAAAUAGGGAGGGGUCCCUUACUCGGUCCAAAAAUAACAUUCAAGAUGGCGGCCACCAAAAUAUUAAAUUUUUAUCAAACCGAAGGGGGCGCUUACACAAGGGGGUGCACAUGCUCGGUAUUUUACGGCACUUGUAUUUAUUUACUGAUCAAAGAAAGUUAUUUAUUGGAAGUGAAUUUGAGGACUGACUUGAAGUGAUUACAUAAAUGUGGGACUGCACUAUUUAGGCAUUUCUCCAGAAGACUAUCGUAUGAUGGACAUCCUUCUCAAACAUUUUGCCUGUAGUGUAUCAUAUUCAAUAAAACAAUCAUAUCUCAUUCUUUGAA